AUGAAAAAUCGGAAUAUGAUGCAAAGCACCAUAAAGGAGCAUAUGUGCAUGAUUCUGUCGGUUAGACAGCUGGCAAUGGGAAUAUCCAGCAUAUUUAAUGAUGCAACUGCGUUUUACAACUUGGAACUGGCAAGAGUGGGCAGCCGGCUACGCAUUAGCGUAUGCAAGGAGGUGAUAGAGCAUAGGGAUAUGUAUGAAGGUCUGCGCUGUAUGUAUAGAAAUCGAGGUGAAUAUGUGGAAAAAACAAGAAAUGCCUGCACUGUAAAUAAGAGUCUCUGUAAGUACGAUAUGGCCGUUUCAGGAAAGAGUGGAAAAUACAGGCUUGGCUUUAAUGACCCCCGAAUAGAUGACGGCCCUGACAUUCUUUUAAUGGCACUAGAAGAGUAUAUACAGGAUUAUAGUGACACGAUGAUUAGUGUUAAUUGGAGGCGCGAGGCUGCAAAGACAAUUGCGCUGUAUAUUUGUGAGAACCUGGUGGCCCCAUUUAAUAGGUUUUUUCUCAUGGCUUCAAAGCACGGGGAGAGAGCUCUCUCAGAGGAGCUUGGGCUGCGAUGUAAGCUUGUGGUUGACCGAAAAAUAGGGGAAUAUUUUUGUGUAGACAGCCUUUUGGGGUGGGAUAAAAAAAGAGUGGAGAAGCUGGUUGCGCAAAGAAUAAGUGACUUGUAUAAUGGGUAUACCGACAUAAAAUUUAGGGAAGAUCAUAUUGAUUGUAGGAAAAGAAGGGCUCCUGCAAAGAAAAUGGAUAUUCGCAGGGAUCUUUCCUAUGUGCGCGAGACUAUAUACGAAGUAAUUCGGUAUAUAGGAGAUCACAGUUAUACUGACUUUUCACCUCUAAUUAAUUAUCUAAUAAUGCAUUGGGUUACUCCUAUUGUUUUUGCUAGGGUGGAUGAAUAA